AAAACGCCGGUUACACGUUUGAAUCUCACCCGCCGGUAUAAAUACAACCCACACACGCCCGUACCGGCACAAACUCAGAGAUAUCUACUACUUCCACCGUCUCAAGAAGCGUCAAGUUUUCUUAAACCAGGAACCAUGAGGGUCAGUCGCGCACUCCUUCAACAAGCCGCCAAGAUGUAUCUUGGUGGUCCCGACAGUUUCUUCAAAUACGCCGGCAGCUCAGUCCUUAAAGACCCAUCGGUGUGGCCCCUGGUGACUAUCGUGACCGGUGUUGGGUGUAUGGCGGUCAGCGCUCUGACGUACACAGCCAUCACAAAAACUGAUGUUGUUUUCGACAAGAAGACAAAGCCUUGGCUGAAUGUGCCUUUGGACAGACCUACGCAAAAGUUGGUCACAAUUAACCAGACCUACAAGGACAUCCCCCAGCUGAAGGUCAUGAGCGAGAUCCGCGAAAUGGAGAAGCAGCAAUAACACCCCCUGCACCUCCUCUGAAAUCCGCCAGGAGGCGUAGUAAAUGGCAGCUGACCGAGGCGACUAGAAGUUCAUUGGGGCCACGCUGCUAUAACGUAUUUAGCUCAAAGUACAUGCUGUCGUAUAUUUGCCUCAGAAAAGAUAGACAAACUCUUAGACCACAGAGUUUAGAGGACCAAAACUUUUCCGGAUUGAAAAAUCUACCAGCAACUCUUUAUGUCCAAA